AUGGAAGUAGAAGCAGAAGCACAAGUUGUGAUUGUAGGAGCUGGAAUUGCUGGCCUUGCAACAUCCUUAGGACUUCAUAGCAGCAAGCAAAAUUCAAAUUCUUUUGGCUGCUGGCUUGGCAUCCGAAGCUUAGUGUUGGAAUCAUCGGAUAGUUUGAGGACAACAGGGUUUGCAUUCUCAACAUGGACAAAUGCAUGGAAGGCAUUAGAUGCCCUUAGUAUUGGUGAUACUCUUCGCUGA